AUGCCCUUCUCUCCGCGCGGUAUCCGCAAUUCCAUGGGUGCGGUGAACGAGUUCGAUGAGUCUGAGCGCGGCCGCAUACGCGAAGCAGCGAUUGGCGACAUCUCCCCUGUUACGGACGCAUCGACCUGGUUCAGCGGAUCUUCCGGAAUGGAACCGGGGCUAGAGAACAGCUCUGGCUGGCGAGGUGACGUCCCCAAGUGA